AUGCGCCCAAGUGCCACCGCCCUUCUCCAGGCCAGCACCGUGUCUGCGGCGGCCACGACCAACCAGACGCAGAUAUCCAACGUUGUCCCCUCACUGUGGGAUGGCCAAUGCUAUUAUCCGACCGCCGACCCCGGCUUCCAGCUCGAGCCGUACCUCGGACGCUGGUAUCAAACCGAUGGUACGGUGCAGGUCAACAACACAUGCGAAGCCCAGGGCCGCGCUGUGAACAUCCUGGGCGCCGCUUCGCCUGCGGACCCCGCGUAUGGUGCCCAGGGCGUGUUCAGGGUGCAGUUCCCCGGGCAGCCUGCCCCCGACUGCGCUGGUCCCAACUACAUCGUGCAGGACCUUGCCGAUGACAUUGCCAUUGUCCAGUCAAACAACUUUACAACCCUGUUCGUAUUGAGCAGGGAGCAGCACCUGGAGGACGCCGUUCUGGAUGCAUGGAUUGAGCGAGCCGGGAUUCUGGGUUCAAGUCUUGAGGAGGUCGUCAGGACAGAUCAGACCGACUGCCAGUUUAUAUGA